GCAUUGGAUGGCUUCUUCUUCGUUGUGAACCGUGAAGGGAGGAUCGUCUUCGUCUCUGAGAAUGUCACCAGCUACCUGGGUUAUAACCAGGAGGAGCUCAUGAACACCAGUGUCUACAGCAUCCUGCACGUGGGGGAUCACGCCGAGUUCGUCAAGAACUUGUUGCCGAAGUCUCUGGUAAAUGGAGUUCCUUGGCCUCAAGAAGCGACCAGGCGCAACAGCCACACCUUCAGCUGCAGGAUGCUGAUCCGGCCGCCUGACGAGCCGGGUGCGGAGAACCAGGAGGCUCGUCAGCGCUACGAGGUGAUGCAGUGCUUCACCGUCUCCCAGCCCAAGUCCUUCAAGGAGGAAGGAGAAGAUUUCCAGUCGUGUCUGAUAUGCAUCGCGAGACGAUUACCUCGACCAGCAGCCGUCACCCCUUCUGAAUCCUUCGUGACCAAGCAAGACACCACAGGUAAAAUCAUCUCCAUUGACACCAGUUCCCUGAGAGCUGCCGGCAGGACGGGCUGGGAGGAUUUGGUGCGGAAAUGCAUCUACGCUUUCUUCCAGCCUCAGGGCAGAGAGCCAUCUUACGCCAAACAGCUCUUUCAAGAAGUGAUGACACGUGGCACAGCCUUCAGCCCCUCCUAUCGAUUCACCUUGAGUGACGGGACAGUGCUUAGUGCCCACACCAAGUGUAAGCUCUGCUACCCCUCCAGCCCGGAGAUGCAGCCCUUCAUCAUGGGCAUCCACGUCAUCGAGAGAGAUCACGGCAUGCUCUCACCCCAGGAGAACACUAACUCCGCGAUGUCCCUUCCCCGGGUCAGCCCCUCGCUGAACCCCAGCAUCUCCCCGGGGCAAGGCAUGGCCCUGCCGCCCUCCAUCCCUCCCUCCAAUGGCAGCAUGUUGGCCACCAACGUGAACCAGCAGCCAGGCGCCAGCCUCCACAACAGCAACUCCAGCACCAGCCAAACCAGCUUUGGAUGUUCACCUGGGAACCAGAUAGGAGCCAACGUUGCCUUAAGCCAGGGACAAGCCGGUCCCCAGAACAGUAACCACACUUUGAACCUCAAUAGCUCCCCCAUGAAUAGUCCAGGGAUUACCCCACCACAGUUCAUGUCUCCGAGGCAUCGGGUCAGCCCAGGGCUGGUGCCCAGACCCAGAGUGCCCAGCAAUCCCUUCUCGCCCACCAUGCCCACCAUGCACUCCCCUGUGGGCAUGGCCAACAGCGGUGGUGGGGGCGGCGGUGGCACCGGUGGCACCAGACCCUUUCCCAGUGCCCCCAUAAACUCUAUGCAGGGGCUGACCGAAGGUCCCAGCACGCCGGUGGGCUACUCCACGCCACCCCCCGUGCUGAGACAGCUCAGCUCCCAGAGCUCGCCCGGCCGCCUCGCCAUGCAGCCCAUGAAAGCAGAAUCGAAGGACAGCAAAGAGAUCGCCUCCAUCCUGAGCGAGAUGAUCCAGUCGGACAGCUGUUCAUGGCAUGGCAAAAAAAAAGACUCGGGCAUGCUGCAUGCCGGCGACAGGCUCUCGGAGGGGGACAGCAAGUGCUCCCAAGCCACCAGCCAUAAGCUGGUCCAGCUCCUGGCCACCACAGCGGAGCAGCAGCUUCGACAUGCCGACGCGGACACGAGCUGCAAAGAUUCGUUAGCCUGCGCGGGCACCGCUGGCACCUUGGCCGCCGGCAACCCUCCCAGCAGCACCUGCCCUUCCUCCCAUAGCUCGCUGACCGAGCGGCACAAGAUUUUGCAUAGACUCCUUCAGGAGGGCAGCCCUUCCGAUAUUACCACCCUGGCCAUGGAGCACGAGAAGAAGGAGAACGCCCCGAACCCCACCACCACCCCCACAGCUCAGAGCCAGCUGCCGGGAACCCCGGACAUCAAGCUGGAGCCUGACGCGCUGAAGAAAAAAGAUGUCAAGGAUCACCAGCUCCUGCGCUAUCUGCUGGACAAGGAUGAGAAGGAGCUUGCUGCAGCCCCGGCGCUGAGCCUGGAUGACGUGAAGGUGAAGGUGGAGAAGACGGAGCAGAUGGAGCCCUGUAACACGGCCCCAGUGCCGCUCGCCAAACCUCCUGCUGCGGAGGAGGUCAAGCUGGAGACACAGGGCCAGUUUGCUGCCGAACUGGAGCAGCUGGACCAGCUCCUGCCCUCGCUGGAGAAGGCGGCUCAGCUGCCCGGCUUGUGCGGACCGGAGAGAAACGAGAGCGGCAUGGCCGGCGUCGCCGUCAAACCGGAGAUGCUGGCA